AUGUUCGGGGAUCUUCUUGACGAGUUCACGAAUAAAUGUGGGGAAGUGAAGGAUGGUCUGCUCCGGGCAAUGUCAAAGCUGCUGGAGCUCCACGAUGACUACUUCGUGGACCAGCUUGGGGAGAGAGCUGACACUUAUGUUAGAUUCAGCUACUACCCAGAGUGCCCAAGGCCGGAGCUCGUGUUCGGCCUUAAGCCCCACUCUGAUGGGAGUGUUCUUACCGUGCUCAUGGUCGAUGACGUUGUUGGUGGCCUGCAACUCCUUAGAGACGGCGUUUGGUGGGAUGUACCGGUCGUGCCCCACACCCUACUGGUCAACGUAGGAGACCAAACUGAGAUAAUAAGCAAUGGGAUCUUCAAAAGCCCUGUGCAUAGGGUUGUCACAAAUGCUAAGAAAGAGAGGUUAUCAGUGGUUUUGUUCUACUCCGCUCGUUCUGAAAGAGAGAUCGAGCCAGCUACUCAGCUGGUAGACGAGAAGAGGCCGGUGUUGUACAGAAAGAUCAAGGUCAAGGACUACAUUGCUGGACUCUAUGAACAUGUCUCUCAAGGGACAAUGGUUAUCGACACGGUGAAAAUAUUCUAA